ACGUUGAAUCCGUGUUUGGAGUUGAUCACUAGCUGAAAUCUGGCGUUCAGGAUUCAGCUUGUAGCGAAACAAUACGAAAGACGCGGCACGCGGCAUUUGGAGCCUCUUCGGAGUUUUAGUAGUGCACAGGAGCGAGUUCGACACUAGCUUCUCGUACAGUUCCGGUGUGUUUAUCAGUGAUCCAACCAGUUCGGCUUCAAGCCUUUCGGUUGUAUGGCUUCGCACCCGAUUGAAGUUGAAACUCGAAAUCCACCACCAAGUCAAGAAGACGAGGGUCGAGAAAGUGUUCUGUGAAAAGUGCAUGCAGCUUGUUCUAGCGAUACACAAAAUGGAUUCAGGCUAAUGCGAGUGAUUGUGCCGUAAUUCGACAGUUUAGCUAGCGGUGUAGCGAGUAUCAUCAACAAGUGUCGCUGUGUGUGCUUUCCGUUAUCGGGAAGUGAAACAAAAGAAGCAGAAAAAGUGCUUUUAAAGUGUUGGAAAUGCUGCAUCGUAGAUAGCAUAGUGAAAAAGAAAGAAAAAAUACCGAAUGGAAAGCGCAUUUAUCGCGCGGAGAAUGUGACAAACACGUGCCUAAUAAGUUUGGAAGUUAUUUCGCAGUGAGUUACGUCGAAGAACAUGUCCAGCGUGCAUGCGGUAUCGUUCAAUCGUCAGUACGGGUCCUUCCGUACGACCAAUGCUGGCAUACCAAAAAGCCCGGUAAUCGGAGGAAUUAACCGCGGGCUUAUAGCGACAAUCAGUACAACGGUUCAGCCGAACCGGGUAACCACAAGAGCACUGGCCCCGAUUGUAGUGGGCCAACCGGCGUCGAUGAAGAAUCAGGAAAAUCUACCGAAUGGUAGAGUGAUAGCGGUGACUCCACGAAGUUGCCGAAAAGCUCUAACUUCGAACGGGACGUCUACGAACGGCACUGCGGUCAUUGGCACUGGCGGUGGCACGAAAAAGAUUGGUCCAAAUUCGCCGCUCCAAUCGCCGCAGAUCAUACGAUCGACACGAAUUGAGCAGAACAACUGGAACAAAAAGUUAACAUCGAACUUUUGCUCUCUACACUCGAAGUCUCCGGGGAGCUCCGGUACCUCGGUGGAGUCCAUAGUGCCAAAAUAUACCAAUAGUAGCAUUAGCAGUAGUAGCAACGGUGCCUUAAAAGCGUCCUUCGCGGCCUCAAACUGGCGCACUGGCGAAGGUCACCUCACUUCAAACGGAUCUCAGAAGCGUGCUUACAACGUGAACAAACCAAUAGCUAAGAGUGCUGCCAAGGGCAUCACCACCACUAGUAGUAGUAGCAGUAGUAGUAGUAGCAGUAGUCGUAGCAACAAUGGCUGUGUCUCCCACAAGAUUGUCACCAAGAAGCUGUACAAGGAGAGCAAUGCUCCCAGCGGGUACGUGGCCCAGAUGGCGUCCGCGCUCAGCCAGCAUGAUGCGAAAACCUCUGCGAUCACCUGCACAAGUAAUGGCAUUAGCAAUAGUUCCUUUUCCAGCAAAUUCCCCAACGGGUUGCCAUUCGAGAACGAGUUCUACCGGCAACCGCGGCGAUCCGUAUCGGAGGUACGCCCGCCGGUCGCCAGCUCCGGUACCACGGUUCGCCUGUCGCAAUCACAACGGCGCAGCAAUUCCUCUGAUACGAUCAGUCUCUCCACCUACGGAGACGAAUUUUCGCGCAAGCCAUCGAACGAAGAUCUCUUUGUAGAUUUCACCAAAAGCCUGCCAGAAACACCUAAGUCAAUCAGCUCACCUGCGCGUUGUGCGGUGCUGCGAAGUACCAAUGCCAAUGGCGGAAAAGUAACCUCGUCGGUAGUUGAGUAUAGAAAUAUUAACCAUAGCAAUUAUUUUUACAAGUUUGAAAGCAUCAGUAGCAACGGCGUUGCGGCCGACCGCAUUUUGCGCCGACAGCGGCGACCCAGUCGACCGCCACCUGCACACUGGCGGGACGACACUAGAAACAAUAACAAUAGCAACGAUCAUCGUAAGUCCACUCCGGGACACUGCGGCGGUGGUGUAACGGCGGAUCACGGAAACGAUAACGAAAACGGUGGUAUGUUGAACGACGAAGAUGAUGGCGAAGAACUGGAGGGCGAAAGGUCCACCGUGUAUGUCGCCGUCGCUACGUGGGUGCCAAAAUGCAACAGGUUGCCCUACCAGGAGGAGCGACUGUCAGGGGACGAGCAGGAGUUGGAACUGUCCCGGGCGGUAGAGGCAACCAGCGUUCUGGGGCCCACGUCGGAGAAUGUAGACUUUGACGGUUCAUCUCGCCGCAGGAGGGAACGAUCGAAACGCUCGCACCACCGCCGCAGUCCGGACUCGAGCCGCCGGCGGAACCGGCAUCGGGAGGACAAAUCCUCGCGACGGCAUCACAAGGAUCGGGAACGUAAAGAGAGGGAAGAUAGGACCCCAGUCAAGAAACAACCAUCCGUGAGGGAUGAUGCUGAUGGGCAUUUGAUUUACCACACUGGCGACAUUCUUCAUAACAGAUAUAAAAUCCUGGCCACCCUAGGCGAAGGCACCUUCGGUCGGGUGGUGAAAGUGAAGGACAUGGAAAUGGAUCAUACAAUGGCGCUGAAGGUGAUCAAGAAUGUAGAAAAAUACCGGGAAGCGGCCAAGUUAGAGAUCAACGCACUGGAGAAGAUCGCCGAACGGGAUCCGACCUUCCAACAUUUAUGUGUUAAAAUGCUGGACUGGUUCGAUUACCACGGACACAUGUGCAUCGCGUUCGAAAUGCUUGGUUUGAGUGUUUUCGAUUUUCUAAGAGAAAACAACUAUGAACCGUAUCCAAUGGAUCACGUGAGGCACAUGUCCUAUCAACUCUGCUAUGCGGUAAAAUUUCUGCAUGACCACAAGCUCACUCAUACCGAUCUUAAGCCGGAGAACAUCCUGUUCGUGGAUUCGGAGUACACCACUUCGUUUAACUCGAGAAAGAACCGCGAAGUACGCCGCGUUAAAUGUACGGAUAUUCGGCUGAUCGACUUCGGCAGUGCCACCUUCGAUCAUGAACAUCACAGCACUAUCGUGUCCACUCGACAUUAUCGGGCGCCGGAAGUGAUUCUGGAACUAGGUUGGUCGCAACCUUGCGACGUCUGGUCAAUAGGCUGCAUAAUGUUUGAACUGUACCUAGGCAUUACGCUAUUCCAGACGCAUGACAACAGAGAACAUCUCGCUAUGAUGGAGCGUAUACUGGGAGCAAUUCCAUACCGAAUGGCCAGGAAAACCCGCACCAAAUACUUCCACCGCGGUAAGCUCGAUUGGGACGAAAAAUCCUCGGCCGGACGAUAUGUUCGUGAUCACUGCAAACCACUACAUCGGUACGUCCUGGCGGAAACUCCCGACCAUCUGCAGCUGUUCGACAUCAUCCGACGCAUGUUGGAGUAUGAUCCGGCUAACCGGAUCUCGCUAGGUGAAGCUCUUCGGCAUCCGUUCUUCGCUAAGCUUCCGCCAGCGCAGCGUCUGCACGAGAAAUGUAAUGAAAAUUCCGUCUCAGCCAGUAGUAGCCGGGAGCGUUCCCACAGUUUGUCGAGAUGAAAUUCGGAACGAUUUGAUUAUUAUUAAUUAAUAAUGUUUCUUUUAUUUGACUCUGUCGCGGUCAAGUGUAUUGACUUUUCUUUCUUAGGAAGAGUAAAUUGUGUAUGAUAUACGGAAAAUGAAAAAAUGAAUGAACUGGAAAAUUAUUGAUACCUAAAUCACGAUGACGGGCAACUAUUGACCGGUGCUUCAACCACACAAACCGAAUAAAUAAACCGUGUGGUCGAACAGAAAAUAGUCAAACGCUCAUUGUGCAAGUUCGUGGAGAACGAUAAAAUUAGAAACAAUUUGAUAUUAGAAUAGUGGCGCGGUAGUGUAAUGGAAACAAACUUGACCGGCAAUCGAGAAUUGUGGUACCGAGUCCCACCUACCCAAAGUCAAUAUUAGUCUAGUUUCAUCCAAUUUUUCAUUUUUCGUUUCAUACAUUUACUCUUCCUAUGAAAGAAAAAUUAAUUAAUAAUAUUACGGUUAUUGUAUAGCAAAAAGGAGAAAAAGCAGAAAAAAUUGAAUUGCUACAACUAGCAUUACUAUAACUGUGUGUUAGGCGAAAGAGAAACACAAACAAGAAACAAUCGGAACCACAUUCACAUACAUAUACGUACACAGUGAAGAAGAAAAAAAGGGAAACUGAACAUUCACACAAACAUCUGCCUGUAUACUUUCCUCGCGGUUUUCAGGUUUUUUUUUGCUGAGUUAUAUAAUGCAUAACUGCUACAAAUUACCAACUCGCCAUCACUUGAGUAUAAGUAAUGUUUACUCAUGCGUUUUCGUUCAUGUAAAAGUAUUGGAAACUCUAACAAAUUGAAUAGUGUGGUUUUCUGUUGUGCUUUUUUACAGUUUAGUGUCCGGAACGAACCAUCCGGGAAAUCUGCUAUAUAUGUGCCUAUGUUUCAUAAUCUCUUUUAGGUUGCACAUAUUUUUUUGUAAUAUAUUUUUAAAAGCCAAUCCUGCCCUCUGCUAGAUAUUUUAGUGCUGAACUUCAAUUGGCAAUUUGAGUAUGUUUAUCAAAAUAAAAAUAAAUUGUUUAUAAAUAGAAAUUUCGCUUCUUUGUUCAAUGUAACUGCGAUGGGCUACCGUGAAUGGUUUCCACUUAUUUUUUCUUUCGUUCUGUACGCUAUUUUAUUGUUGAAUUAUUGAUCCUUCCUAACCUACUGUGCUGGAAGAUAAUAUUAUUAAUUGUUCCCAAUAAUAAUCAAAUCGUGCGAAUGAAAUAGAAAGUAACACAAAAAGAGAGAGAGAGCGAGAGAACGAGAACUAGGCGUAGCUAAGUUAAAAUCAUAAAACAAACGUAACACAAAGGAAAAAACUUAACAACAAGAAGUAACCACUCUGUGUGUCAGCAGACUAGGGCAAAUGUCUUUAUUUUUAUUAAUUCUUUGUCUCCCCUUUUAUUAUCCGUGUAGUAACACCUCCUAAAGCAUGCGCUCAUUCUGGUGUAUGUACAUCCGUCACGCUGCCACGACGCAUUUUUUCGUUGUGGCUAAAGGCUUGCUAGAGGAACAAACACAAAUUUUUGAGUGAAGAAACCUAUUUUUUGUUUCUAGUUGUAUAAUCUAAGGUAAAAUUUCAGGGAUGAUUAGCAAUUCGGCUAGACAAAUGAGUGCACUAAGGUGCACUAAACUACAGAAUGGAUGGGCGAUCCUUUACUAGUGACGCUAAAGAAUACCUGUUCUCAUCGAAGUGGUUAAAAAGUAGGUAUAUGUUAGUUUACGUGUGUAACUAACGAUGGCCAACUAAAAAUGAUAGUGUCGGUCACUUCGCGUGAGUCGAGCUGCUUGCAUGCAACAUUUGAUCGAUCAACAAUCAUUUCAAUCAACUCGCAUAUGAUCAAUGCUCAAUUCCGACCAGAGUAUAAGCAAAUCUUGGUUACUUGGCAGCUUCGAAUGUUGUUCCGUUUCUGUAUUUGCAGUCUGUACAAAUUUGCGUCGUCGAUGAUGCCUAGUCCCGCGUGCUCCAAAUCAGAUCUAAACCGAGUUCGCCUUUAUUCGCUUCUUUCCAGACUUUCUAGAUAAGCAAAGGGCCGAACAGGAUAAGAAGAAUGCUAACAAAAAACCUCCCGGAAAACUGACACGUUCGCAAUUACUGGCAGUCAGCUUUCCUUCGCUGAUGAUCCGCUAAUACACACGGUAGACUCAUGCCACACCACAAUCAACCACUGAGUAAUCUCAAUUCGCGGGCGUCUUUUGUGAAGCCAACGUAUUCUGUUUAACCGAAUGGAAUAUCUCUGAAGGGGAAAACGUUUUGCAACAGUUCCCAUUUUCCUCUCUGUUAUUUUAUUUUUUGUUUGUAAAAAUAGAUCCUUCAUCCUUGUAUUUAGAAUAUCUUCUUAAUUUGGUUUUCCUUCUAUUGCCCAAACAAGUUUUCGUCGAGAUUAUGGGUGAUUUUAGAGUUAGAAGAAAUUUUUUUCCGUUUCUUUCCUAUUGAUUAGCUGCAACCUAGGGUCUGUUUGCGUAUUACUAAGCAGCUUGCAUAUCCGUUUGUGACAUCGACAAAAGAAUACAAGAUGUAAGAGUUGAAAGUUUAGGUUUCAAGAAAUCAUGGUAGCACAACAAUUAGUUAGUUAAACUAACAAUGGAUGUGUUCGAGCUUGUUUCGGUACCGCGUAAACAGAGUGCAGCUUCUGAUGUAAUUAGUUCAUCUAGAAUUCUAAUACGAUAAACACAUAAAGAACACACAAUUGAAAUGAUUUACUUUCCCCGCUAGUUUUAUUUUUACUCAAACAAAACACAACAAAAUGCAAUGAUGAUCUUUUCAAAAUUUAAAAUUCUUCAGAUAAAAAACAAACCCAACACACACACACACGAACACGCAUGCUCACAGACAAAGAAUGCAUGCAUGCAACAAGAUGUAAAUUAGUAAAGAGUGUAGUCAAGUAAGAAAACAAAUGAGAAAGACGGAAGUGAAGAAGUGAAGUGCAAACGAAAACCGGACAACCUCAGGUCUGGAUAUAGGUAUUCAGGCUGGUCGCGCGUGUGUAGUUUAUUCUCUCGCCAGACGAGACGGAAAAUUGUCGGAAAAUAAAUGAAAUGCUGUAAAA